AUGUCCAUCCUUCUGAAAGUUUUGGCCUUGGUCGCUGUGUUUCAAUUCAGUUCCGCUCACCGUCAAACCUCAUUGACUGAUGAGCAAGUCCUCCAGCUUGUCCAACUGUCGUGUAACGACGCCAAGUACUUCUGUCCAGCCGAACGUUGCCUCGUCAAAAUCGGACCACAACGAAUCUUUAACCGGUUCGCAGUCCUCAAAGCCGAAGAAGUCGGGCUCCUCAAGAGUUCCGAUAUUCCGCUAACAGAACUCUUUUUAUUGUUUUCAGGAACACCUUCUGUUGCACCGAAGGAGCUUGUCUGGAGGAGUGUCACAUCUACCCGAUCAACGAGAAACGCAUCGUCUCCAACUUCCAGGACAUCUUCAAGCAGGUCUUCGCUCUCAACAUUGCAGAACUGGAUGCAUUGGCGUAUUAAUUGUAGCUUCUACUCCCACACAUAUAUGACCCCAAAGGUUUUGAAUCCCAGGGUCGCCUUCCACGUCUGGCCGUCGUCCCUCGCCCCCCGGAUCCACAGAACUACUCGGCUCAUCGUGGAAUCCUCCGAAACGGACCUGCUCCAACUCAUCGUGGCACCUCCAGACGCUGGCAUCGUCGGAACCAACACGUCUCUCGGCCCCGCACGUCUUCUACUCGACAGUCGAAAACGGGAUUCUCUCAUUGGAAAUCGAGCCGCUGUGCCGCCAACCAUCAAGAGGCAGACUCCACUGGUCACUUAUAACGGCGGACGUCCAGGGCAGGAAAUUCCGAGAUAUAUCGAUCUCGACGACUCGCCAGCUUUAUCGCCAAGACGUUCUCCUCCAACGUCGCUGGACAUUCAGAAGAUGCUCCGAGAGCAGCCAGCGGUGAAGAUGGAGGUGAAGAUGGGAGGAGGCGGUUAUGUGAAGUACGAGAAGCCAGAAGACGUGGAAGAGGACUUUGAGGAUUCGGAUGAUGGAGAAUCGGAGGAUGUGCCAAAAUCCGAUUUGGCUCAGAAGAUCAAGAAGACCAAGGAGAGAGUCAGCGAGGAGGCCGCAAUCAUAGUAUUCUCAUAG